AUGAAAUAUACGGAAAAGGCAAAGGUAAAAAUAUUACCCAAACCAGCACCUAUGACCCACUCUCCACAAACACCAUCUCCAUUAGUCUCCGUAUCUCCUCGAUACGCGAAUACACCUAUCUUGCCUGCACCUAAGCGUUCAAAAUCUGCAACUGCCGCAACAUCCACCACCACCACCAAUUCUUCGGCAUCUGGUCCAGAAUUGAAGAAGCAAAGAAAAGUCAGUAGCAGUGUGUCGCCUAGUGAAAGCAAAAAGCCCAAAUUAAUGGAUGAAUCACCCAAAGACUCAUCACAAAAACAGUCUAAACAAACAGGACAUAGACCAGUGACUUCAUGCACAUUUUGUCGUCAACACAAGAUCAAAUGUAAUGCUCUGGACAAUUACCCACAACCAUGCCAAAGAUGCGAUCGAAUGGGACUCAAAUGUGAAAUAGAUCCUGAAUUUAGACCAAAGAAGGGAUCACAAAUACAAUCGUUGAAGCUGGAUGUUGACGAAUUGAAAGCAAAAAUUGAUCUUUUAACUAAAAAUGAAUCGCUUUUAACACAAGCAUUGAGCCAGCAUAAUAUGGGUUUUAUUAAUCAAACAUCUUCACCUCAGGUUCAAUCACAACUCCUGCCACAACAACAGGCACAUACACCUGCACACCCACAACCACAAAGGAGUAAUCUGUAUCCCUCAAAUGCUGCUAUCAGUCCUAUGGUAUUACCUUCAUCAUCUUAUGCUCAUAGCCCCAAUAUGUCGCCUAUCUCAUCAGUAACCAAAAUACAUCAAAGUCCUCCAUUAAUGGGUGAAAACUCUGACAAUUCACCAUCGGCUUUGAGUAAUUACGACAUGAAGGAGGAAAAUUACCAACCAAUUUCAGAAUUUGUGUUGGGUGAUGUUACUUUACCUUUAUCCAAAGCCAAUGAGUUGCACCAUCGGUUCAUGACAAGGAAUUUAAAGUAUUUCCCCAUUAUUAAUUCACGUUCCGCUACAGAAUUGUAUCACAAAUCAAAUUUAUUAUUUUGGGUCGUCAUUUUAACUGCCAGUUUAGGUGAGCCAGAGCCAACUUUAUACAUGUCAUUAGCAUCAUUAAUUAAACAAUUGGCAAUAGAAACAUGCUGGAUCAAGACCCCAAGAUCCACCCACGUGAUCCAAGCAUUGAUUAUAUUAUCCAUCUGGCCUUUGCCUAAUGAAAAAGUACUUGAUGACUGCUCUUAUCGUUUUGUUGGCUUGGCCAAGAAUUUGUCAUUACAAUUGGGAUUACAUCGAGGUGGAGAAUUCAUUCAAGAAUUUAGUCGUAAUCAAGUUAGUUUGGGCCCCGAUGCCGAAAAAUGGAGAACUAGAUCAUGGCUAGCUUUAUUCUUUUGUGAACAAUUUUGGUCGUCAUUGUUGGGAUUGCCACCUUCGAUAAACACCACUGAUUACUUGUUGGAAAACGCUCGUGUUGAUCAAUCAUUACCCAAGCAGUUCCGCUGUUUGAUUUCGUUAUCAAUUUUCCAAUGCAAAUUGGUCAAUGUUAUGGGAAUUAGCGUUACUAGGCCCGAUGGAUUAUUAGAACCCCUGAAUCGUGCUGGAUCGUUAAAUUUGUUGGAUCGGGAAUUGGAAAGAUUAAGAUUCAAGUUGCAAAUUGAAGAAGGAUCUCCUAUUGAAGUGUAUUAUCUUUACAUAAAGUUGAUGAUUUGUUGUUUUGCAUUUUUGCCGGGCACUCCUAUUGAAGAUCAAGUCAAGUAUGUUAGUUCAGCAUAUUUAUCCGCCACUCGGAUAAUCACCAUUGUUUCGAAAUUGAAUCAAGAAACCAGUCUUAUCGAAUUGCCAAUAUACAUCAGACAAGCAGUUUCAUAUUCAGUGUUGCUUCUUUUCAAGUUACAUUUAUCGAAAUAUCUUUUUGAUAAAUAUGUUGAUUCAGCAAGACAAUCGAUUGUUACCGUACAUCGAAUGUUUAGGAACACUUUGAGUUCAUGGCAAAACUUGCAAAAUGACAUGUCAAGAACGGCUAAAGUUUUGGAAAAUCUAAACAUUGUAUUAUACACUUACCCCGAUAUCUUUUUACAAGAGGAUAAAGAGGAAGGAUCAAGCAUAAUAUCACGAAUGAGAUCUCAUCUAACUGCAUCGUUGUUUUAUGAUUUAGUGUGGUGUGUUCAUGAAGGGAAACGAAGAACUGCUUUGGAUAAAGGAAAACCACCAGCAAAAAAAAUUGACACUAAUGAUAAGAAAUUGCUUCCUUUGCCAUUUUAUAAUCAAAUCACAAAAGAUGAUUUCAGUACCAUUACUACAACUACUCCCAAUGGUACUACUAUCACAACUUUGGUGCCUACUGAUCAAGCAAUGAGUCAAGCCAAGCUGAAUGCUGGAGAUAAUAAACCAUUGGAGAUUAAUGGUAUUCCAUUAUCUAUGUUGGAAGCCACUGGAUCAACAAGAGAUUUAAUAAAUGUGUCAGAUCCAGAUCCAGAAAUUGUAACUAAGACAGAGUCACCGUGGCCACAUCAAUCACAACUGCAACAACAAUCGCCACCCCCACAGCACCAGCACUUGCAACUACAACAAGCUACACCAAUACUCGAAUCUAGUGCACCUUCACAACAAAGACAGCCACCUCAACUCCAAUCACAACAGUUGUCCCACCAACCACCAUUCCAAUUCGGUCAAUCACCGCCACCACAGAGCUAUUUACCUACGAUUGAAGAAGUCAAUGUCAACGAUCAAUACUCUGUAUUCAACAACAACCAGCACCCACAACAUCAUCAACAACAACAGCAACCGAGCACAGCUACCGAUGAAGCAGCAGCGGCAGCAGCGGCAGCAGCAGCAGCAGCUUCAUCAGGAUCAUUUGUAUCACAAAUUGAUAACUUUUUCCAACAACAAUCGAAUGGAUGGAUGGAUAAUCAAGAUGAUGAUUUUUUGGGAUGGUUUGAUAUUAACAUGUUGCCUGAUCAGUAA